AUGUUAGUAGCUUGCAGUAGGCCAUGGCAGGAGUAUUUAUACCAUGGAAAUCAGCAAGCACCACAAAUUGGACUGUUAAACAAUUACCAGCACACCACUGGCUAUGCUGCUGUGGCUCUUGAGAUCUUACUUGUGUGUUUGCCGGAGGUAGGAGCCAGUUUUCUGGGAGAGCUCAGCACAGUUAGAUCUUGCAGAGUAUGUCUAAGUGGAUCAUGCCACAUCCUUGCUUUCACACUUCUUCUUCCUGCUGGCAUCGAUCGACAUUUCACUCUUGAUGAUUUACAGUUUAUGAUCUUUCACACACCCUUCUGCAAGAUGGUCCAGAAAUCCCUGGCUCACCUGAUGUUCAAUGACUUUCUGUUAGCCAGUGGCAACACACAGACCGGCCUCUAUAAGAGGCUGGAAGCCUUCAGGGGGCUAAAGCUGGAAGACACCUACACCAAUAAGGACGUAGAAAAAGCAUUUCAAAAAGCCUCUCUAGACAUGUUCAACAAGAAGAGCAAGGCCUCCCUCCACCUCUCCACACACAACGGGAAUAUGUACACUUCAUCCCUGAUGGAUGGAUGCCUGGCCUCACUUCUGUUCCAUCCCUCUGCCCAGGACUUGGCUGGCUCCAGGAUUGGUGCCUUCUCUUAUGGCUCUGGCUUAGCGGAAAGUUUCUUUUCAUUUCGGGUAUCCCAGGAUGCUUCUCCAGGCUCCUCCCCACCCCCCACCCCGGAGAAGCUGGUAUCCAGUACAUCAGACCUGCCAAAAUGUCUCACCUCCCGGAAGCAUAUGUCUCCUGAGAAGUUUACAGAAAUAAUGGACCAAAGAGAACAAUUCUACCACAAGGUGAAUUUCUCAGCACUUGGUGGCAAAAACAGCCUUUUCCCAGGCACUUGAUACCCGGAGCCAGUGGAUGAGCUGUGUCACCGAAAGUAUGCCCGGCGUCCGGUCUAAAGGUGAGGAGUGAAAUUUUAGAGUGUAGGUGGCUUAAAGAUUUUCCUCUGGGUAACAGAUGCAGUUCUGAGAGUGUAAACAGGCCAGAGAGGGUUCGUAGCUUCCAAAAUCAUCAGAGGUGGGGAGUUUGUACCACGAGGACCAAGUAAAACUCUUGGGGCUCUUUGCCCAUGAAAGGCAAAAGCUGGGGGAGGGGCAUGUUCUUAAAUCUUGA